AUGUUUUCUUAUGAGGCUGGUAAGAACAGCACCAAGACCAAUCUACUCAUCUUUGAUGCCAUUCUUCCAAAUGCAAGUGUGUUUCUUGGCAAUAUAACUGAGACAGUGAUUGGCUGUUUUUCCUGGUCGUCAUCCAAUCAUUUCCUAUUCCAAGUUGCCAAUGUUGUUAUUUUGAUUGGCCUGUGUUCACCAGACAGGAAAAAUGGAGUUCUUUUCAUGCACAGUAGUUUUGUGCUUGGUUUCUUGUUGCUGUCAGUAUGGUCCUGGGUGAUCCUAUGUGCUCCAGACUUUUUCUCUUGGAAUUUUGCCUUCAUGGUGAUCAAUGCUUUCCAAGCAUUGUUUAUCAUGUAUAAUAUUCGACCGGUGAAAUUCUGUGUUGAGCUGGAGGAAAUAUAUGUCCAACUAUUUCAGCCACUAAAGAUACCCAGGUCCCUGUUCAAGAAACUGACCUGUGCAGACUUUUGUACACUGACUACACUUCAUGAGGGAGAAGCAUACUGCUCUCAGGCCAUCAGCAAGACUGAUCGCCUGGGACUGCUCAUCUCAGGCAGAAUGAAUGUGUACCAUCACCACAACUUGCUACACCAGAUCCAGGAAAUGGAGUUCAUUGACUCUCCAGAGUUCGAGUCAGGAGUCACGGGAGACGAAAAAUAUCAGGUGUCUAUUUUUGCUGUUUCCACCUGUCGCUAUAUCUUCUGGCCACGUCAAGGCCUGGAGUACCUAUUGAUCAAGGAACCUUAUUUGGCGAACGUCAUCAAUGCCAUGCUUGGUCGUGACAUCACCACCAAACUCUAUGCCCUGAAUGAAAAGGUAACAUCUCCCAAAGGAGCCAGGAUGGAUAUCCGCCUACCCACAGUGUCGUCAACCAUAAAAGCUAAACCAGACCUUCGGAAAACUGUGGUCGGAAUGAUUGAGGAUCUGUCUGAGAAUGAGGCUAGACAAAACGCCAGCAAGACUCCAAGCAAUAAAAAGGACGCUGCUGAAAUCAACAAUCUGACGAAGCCAAAUAUAGAGGAAGAAGAAGACGAUCCGUAUUUAGAUGAUUCUGUUGAGGAGAAUGAGAAGACAGAGUUACUGAAUGGACACGUAAGACCUCCGUUGUUUGGAGGGCCGAGUCUGUCAACCUGUAGCGAAACACCAUCAGGAUCACACGGAUCUGUUAAUUCAGGAUUACAUUUCAAUAUCUAGAAAUGAAAACAAAGAUUGUGUACUUAUUAAUCUGAUGGACAGAAUUCUGAUUAGUGGGUUUCAAUAUAGCUUUUCAUUCCUUUGGAACGCAACUUCAUUUGACAACAGACAAAAUGUGUUUGGUGCUCGGGAAAGAAUUUUAUGAUU